AAUAACCAAUACGAGCGUGUUAAUGAAUUAAUUCCAUAUGACAAACUAUGCAAAGGAUUUCUGGUUAAAUGGUAUACGAAUAAUUGUGAACCUGGUAUUACAAGAGCUCGUGAACCAUCAUUCUUAUUAAUUAUAAA